AUGCUGACAACAGUCCGCCUAUUCCACUACCGAUUGUUGGCCGUUCUGCCCAGAAAACAGUACGCGAACAGAAAUUCAACGUUUCUCGGGGAAUUUUUACUUCACGGAGCGAUUUAUUUGACAGUUUUCGUCGCGUCUCCGAUUCAAGCUAUUCUUUUAUUGAAUACGGAUCAGAAUGUCCUCGGAUUGGCUAUUAAGAAGGUGAGACCAACUUGCAUUUCAUUCAAAAACUAGUUUGAGACAAAAAAAUUAGUAAAUUUGUUUUUUUAUGAAAUUGAACGUAAUAUGAGCUCACGUCAAAAUUUUUUUGAUUUUCUGAAUUUUCACUUUAUUGGAAGAGUUAAGUGAAAUUGAUCUACGAUUCGAACUUUUUUUAAAAACCUAUAUAGAAUACCUGUUUUAACAUCAAAAUGGCCAUAUUCGGUUUGAAAAAGUUGUACGGGACGAAAAUAUACACAUUAACAAUUAAAAAAACUUCCACACUUUAAGAAGUCUAGUUGAACCUUAUUUUGUCGAGGUUUCAGCUUCAGGUUAGCCUCAGCUGAAAUUAUCAUUUCUUGAUAAGACUGGUUCCAGUUUUUGACGCUGAUUCCGAAUUCGGUCUUUUUUUUGUGAAACCGCAAACUAAAAAAAUGUGAACGAACUUAUAGAGAAUUUUAAACAUUGCACUAAAAAUUACCUCUUUUUGUCAAGAUCAUUUUUUUAUAUUAUUAUAAUUAACGAAAAACAGGAACACUAUCAAUCGAAAAAACUUCCCCAUCUUAAGAAGUCUAGCUGAAACUUACUUUGCAGAGGUUUUUGCUUUAGCCUUAACCUUAUGUCAGCUGGAAUUGUCCUUUCUUGAUAAGACUGGUUCCAGUUUUUGACGCCGAUUCCGAAUCAGGCCUAUUUUGUAAAGCUUGAAGUAGGUACUUGUAUCCCGUCUCGAUUGUCCUAUGAUAGAUUCUUCCAUUUAUCUCCCUCUUCAGAACUACGGAGAAUGUCUGCCUCCCAACCUGACCGACCCUUUUUUCUACGUUAUCGACUGCGACGAUGAAGGCGUCAAAAUUUUCGCAGCCCUACACAUUGGAAUAUUCGUCGUCUGCAGUAUUUGCUGCAUCGGCUUCAUUUUCGCCGCCUUCGUUCUACUCAAACAGUAUUCCCGACAACUUUCCGCCCAAGCCACUCGAAAUCAUCACGCCUUCUUAUUAUCCCUUUUUCUGCAGGUAACUUAA